AUGGAUCCUGAUAUCAAAAUUGAUAAUGAUUUUCUUCCUGAUAACAUCAUGGAAGAUUGUGAAAUUUUGAAAUAUAUCAGCACAACCCUUUCUGGCGGAAAGAAAAUAUACACCACAAAGGAGUUCUUUUCAUGUCAUCUUGAAUAUCCGCGUCUUUUGAAACAUAUGGAGUCAGAAAUCUCUUUUCUGGAAUCGGCAAUUCAUCUGAUGAACUACGACGAUGAAGUGAAGACGGCAGCACUAUUCAUAUUGAACAAGAAAAGAGAUCAACUCGAACAGGUCAUCAAAAACCAUAAGAAUCUCUCGAUUAGAAGAAGAAACUGUGCUGCAGAACAGCUUACGGAAGUUUCUGCUGCCUUUAAAUCCUCUGAUCAUCACCGGAUUCAAUUGAUGGAGAUAGACUCGGGCCGCACGACUCUAAUUGACAUGAAACAACACGAUUUGCUCAAUACUCUCCUUCCACCCGCAAUCUCCGAUUUAGAUGAACUGAUUAAGCAGAAUUGGCUGAUCUUGUGGAAUGAAAGCAAAGAUGACCAUAAUGCGUUGAAUAAGGAACUAAGAACUCUCGAUUACUUAUGUUCAAAAACCUUAGAAGAAAUUAAGGAGAAACAUUGUAACACCUACGAUGUCAUAUUGGAGAAGUUAAGGAAGGCUAGAACUAAAAGAUUGGGUCAGACAAGAGCUUUUGUCUUCAAAACUGAAAACUAUUGGACUGCCACUACCUUAUUUUGUUUAUUCAGGUUGUGGAUGUUCGAGUCUUUUGAACCCUACAGAGCGAUUACUAUUCUAUACUACAUUAGUGUUGGAAUCAUCUGUCUUCGGUUAUUUGUUCCAAGUUUUAUUAUAUGGGCCAAUUUCUGCAGGAGAAUGAACGAAUGCUCUGAAGCAAUUUUGUAUAUUGCAGAAGCUCUCGUUGAAGCUCGGCUACACUACGAAGGCACAGCUUGUUCUGAAUUCAAUGUUAAGUACUAUUUAUCCAUGGAAUCGUGCAAAGAAACCGAAUUGCACAAACUACCCACCGAGGUUUUGGAUCAACUACGGGAUUCGGACAAGAGAAAAUAUAAAACCUCUUUGAGCGCUUAUCUUUCUCUACAAGAUGCCACGUUCGCCGGUAUUCAAGCAGAAUCUGUGAAGCUCACAGGUCGUGUCGCUGAUAUCAAGGAGAAAAUCAUCAAAGCAAAGGGUCUGAACGGCGAAUCAUGGCACAUGCAAAUCAGGGAACUCAAUCUUAGCAUCGAGUCUUAUGAAGAAGCCAUUCAGUGGGAAAUUGAUAGGUUGAGCUCGAUGAAAAUGGAAUACUUUAGUAGCACCGGGUUCUCAAGAGAAAGUUUGCUAAUGACUGAAUUUCAGAGUCACCUCGAAUUAAUGCGUCAGCAAAACAGCGAGGUGGUACGGCAACUACUGGAGUUUAAACAGAGUUUGAUCGAUCGGCACGAGCCGAUCAUACCAAAACUUCGUCGUUGGUAUUAUUUAGAGUCUUUUAGGGGCCGGAUUUCGACCAGUAUGCUCUUUUGUUCGGGAGCAGUUUUGUUGUUGUUUGCAGUCUUCAGAACGGGCUUACGUGAUUCCAACGAUAUCAGAGAGAAGCUGAUACAUACCGAGAAGAUGUCUCUCAAUUUGGAGGUUUCCUUUAUGACUGCAUCCGUUUCUACUUGGAUCAUUAUAGUCUUUCAGGGAGUGUUCCAUAUUUUACAUCUCAUUGAUUGUGUUUUGGUCUGCUAUGAUUGGUAUUUGGAUUGGCAGGAAAAAAAAAAAUUAGCUAGGUCAGCGAAUUUACAGAGCACAUCUGAAUCAGACGAGAGUACAUCCGAUUCAGACAAGAGCACAUCCGAAUCAGUAAUGAGCGAGGGGGUAGAUCAGCAAAGAGAGGAUAUGAUGACUAAUAGUCGGGUGUCACUGUAA